AGGUUAGGGUUAGGUUAGGUAAACUCACUUGUUUACGUCGCGCGCGCGUGUGUACAUGGAUUUUUUCAAACGCAAUUUGCGUGGAUUGGUAUAAUAUACACGUGUGGUGUGCGAGAAGAGAGUUAACUUGAUCGAAGACACGUAAAAGCUGAGAAGCCGACAGAACAGAAAUCGACAGGAAUUGAUUUCGAACGAUUUCGUAACAGAUACUCGCCAGGAACAACAAUCAACGUUACAAAAACAAUCAUGGACUCGAGGAAGGUGACUCUGUCGAAGGGCAUAUUGCAAAUGAAAUUCAUGAAGAAGACAAAGGACAAAGUGGAGAAACAACAGUUUCAAGAAGAGGGAGAGGAGUACUUCGGCAGUCAGUUCAAGUCGUGCAUGAAGAACUCAUUCGACAAGUUCUUCGUGGAACCGAGUUACGUCUUUUGUGAGGAACUCGCGGACGGUAGAUUAAGCUUUCAAGGAAUGAAUCCGAACAUAGAGAAGCUGAUGGCGGCACGAGAAAGAGCGAAACAAGCUAAGCUGGAGGUGAAGCAAGAAACUGACGUAUCAGACGAGCAAAUGGCCGUUCAGUGGGAGAAAAUGCGACUUAAAUUUGACAAGCAGAGACACAGAAAGACGCAGCACAGAAAAACGAAGACGGAAGGCGAACCGAUAGAAAAGAAACCAAAAUUCUUGAAACCUGUAGAUUGAGAGAUUCACUUUUUUCUUUUGUAAAUACAAAGUUGUAUCAUAAUUAGGAACUUCUUAAUUAAUUGGGUCUCGACGUGACGACGUGAGUGAUCAACAUGAUAUCAACAAAAAUUUUGAUGUUAUUGAUUUCGAUCGAUUUAUAUCUAUUUGUUAUAUAAUUGUUUACGAAAAGACUAGGAUAAUUGUUGUUUGCUUUUCAACACUGCUGUUCGUUUGUCACAGUCGAAAUACACGAUUUUUUAUCAUCAA